AUGCCGAUCCAGUCAAAGUUGAUCCAAGACCUCCUCCGGUUCAGUUUGAUCGUCGCGAAGAUCUCCCUGAUUCGUAUUCCAGUUGAAGUUAUUCUAAGACCUUUUUCUGGUCCAGUUAAAUCGAUUCCUAAAGAUUUUUCUGAUGCCGAUCCAGUCAAUGUUAAUCCAAGACCUCCUCUGGUUCAGUCAGAUAGUUGCGAAGAUCUCCAUGAUUCAGACAGGUCUGAAUCAAGAGCAUCAGCAUGGAGCAUUUCAUUCGAUUCAAACAGUAACCACACAACUCCCAGGACCGCCCUUCUAUUCACAUACCCAUUGUCACCGUUUUUUUUAUUUUGGGAUUCUUAUCUGAUACCGUUUUUUGAUGCUGUCGGCUUGUGA